AUAAAGUUGAAACUCCUCACACUGCUCUCAGACCUGUUUGUGGCGAUAGCAGCUUCGUCCGUAGUUUUUUUCCUAUCUAUAGAGGACUAAGAUAUUUAAAAUGGCUCAAGUAGAUUUGGUUAACCGAGAUCCCAAUAAUCUCAACGGACACGUGAAGGCUGAGUUUGAAGAUGUUCUUGGUGAGCCCGAAGGAGCCCGUUCCAUGGAUUGUGUUUGGAAGCUCUCUUUCAGAUGUUUCAACCUCUGGAGAGACUGCUGCUACAAGCUGGCCACCCUCUUAUGUGGAAUAUGUAUUGCCAUGGCCUGGGGAUGCCAGUUCGCCGGUAUAGCCUUCAACCAUGUCUGGUGCAUCACACCAAGCUUAGCGAAAUGUCAAAUCGACUGUAUUGUAUAUAGAAAAUGCUACAACAUGUGCAUCGACUGCUGUAUGGGUCCAGUUUGCGAGGCCUGUGGGUUGCUUUUGAGCAGAAUUAAGAUUACAAAGGCCUAACUACUAGUAAACAAACCACGGUAAUCGUCAUGUAAACACACAAUCUGAAACAAAAUAACAAUAUCACUGACAGCGUACGUGUAGUGUUAUGACUUCCUUUAAGGAACGAGCACUAUCAUACUUUAUACAGUUAGUCUUCACUACAGUUUGUCUUAAAAAUCAUCUGCUACAUAUCUAAUCUGCUUUAUAUAUAAAGGAAAUCAAUAUAUAGUUGACACUUUUCUGGUCAAAACAGGAACUCUAUUUUGCACGAGAGUGCUGAAUUACCUUUUAUCAUUGAGCCUGAAUAAAAUGAGAAACUUG